UGACUGAUUAUGUAUCUAUCUUGAUCGAUUUAUAGAUGAAAGUCCUAAGUACAGAGGAGGAUUAGUAGAUUUUUCCAAAGUCAAGGUCACUGUGAGGUCCACAACCUAAGGAUUCUUUCUUGCUCAUUUCUUUUGAUGCUUCAAAGGCCUUUGCUGUGUUCUGAUACCCUACCACCAAUUUUGAGGAAUAAGGAAGGAAUAUAAAAACUGAUCUUGAAAUAGUUACUAAAGAACAGGAACUUCUUGGGUCAGUUGCUCUCCCCGCUUGCUCCAGCCUAGUGGUGGGUUUAGGAGGCCUAGACUUGCAUGAGGCAACCCUGAGGCCCAGGGUAAUUGGUUGAGAACAGAACCUAAAGUUUUUAUUUGUUUGUUUGAUUUUGGUACUGGGGAUUGAAUCUAGGGGCACUCUACCACCAUGCUAGAUCCCCAGCCCUUUUUGUUUUUAAGUUGCUAAGGGUAACCUCUAAUUUAGGAUCCUUCUACCUCAAUCUCCCAAAUAGCUGUGAUUACAGGCUAGUACCAUCACAUCCUAUUGAACCUAAAGGUUUCUUUUGUUUGUUUUGUUUGGGGCAUCAGGGAUAUAACCCAGGGGUGCUUUACCCCACUGAACCACAUCCCCAACCCUUUUUUAUUUUUGAAUAAAAAUACUGAAUUGCUUAGGGCCUUGCUAAAUUGCUGAAGCUAGCCUUGAAUUGGCCAUCCUCCUGCCUCAGCCUCCUGAGUCAGUUCUAGAUUUAUAGGUUAUGCACCACCAUGCCUGGCUGAAACUAAUGUUUGAUGGACUGUCCAGACUUGGGAUUUCUUUUUUCUAGGGUCACCUCGACUCCUGUGUCCUGAGAGUAAACCUGAUCUUUGGGGCUCUGAGGGUCCAACCUGGGCUACACAUCUCACACAAGAUGCCUUUCUCAGAACAUUUGAACGUCUUCUAUUGGUCAUCAUCAUAAACACAAACAGUGCCCCAUCAGAUGUGCUACCUUGUGCAUUCAUUGCACAAUCACUGGUUUGCACAACAGCCUUGGGCCAGACUAGCCCUUUAGAGUCCCCUCAGUCCAGACAGGAGCUAGAGUUUAGCCAAGCCACUGGGGUCACAGUUCACUGAAAUGGACACCCCAGUUGAUAGGCUUUCCCGGCCUGAAAGGGACACUGUUGUACAUACCCACCUUGCUUCUCAGAACCCCAGAAGGACCAGACCACACAUUGGUGAUAAGACAAACAGAUUUGUUUGAAUGACUUUCAAGAUUUGGUUAGUUUUAACUUCGUGACCUCUGAUUUCCCUGUGGAGUUAGGUUGGGGGUAGAGGGAUUUGGGAUGACCAAAGAGGGCAGCACACUCAAGCAGGCUGUGGAUAAAGACAGCCCUGAACAGUAGGCCUGGUCCUGAGACAUGAACUAGAAUGUGGUUGGAGCUAAGGACACAGGGCUCACAGGAAAGAACACAGGCUGCUGUCAGGACACACACUACCACAUACCCAAGGCCAGGACCCUGCUGACAUGACAGCCCUUUACCCUGGCCCCUUACUGCCCCCCGCCCCUCUCCCCCGCCUGGCUGCCCCCCGCCCCUCUCCCCCCGCCUGCCAGCUGCCAACAGGGCUCUGCUCUGUGUCUGCCACACCUGUCACUGCCUGUCCUUGCCCCGGGGGGAGGGGGGCCCAUCAGCCCCUCCUCAGCUGCCCAGCAGAGCAGGCAGUUAGUGGGAGGGGAGGGAACAUGGAGCGGGGGCCGGUGGUGGGGGCAGGGCUGGGGGCUGGGGCCCGAAUCCGGGCACUGCUGGGUUGCCUGGUGAAGGUGCUGCUCUGGGUGGCCUCUGCCUUGCUGUAUUUUGGAAGUGAACAGGCCGCCCGCCUUCUGGGUAGCCCCUGCUUACGGCGCCUCUACCAUGCUUGGUUGGCAGCAGUGGUCAUCUUUGGGCCCCUUUUGCAGUUCCACGUCAACUCUCGGACUAUCUUCGCCAGCCACGGCAACUUCUUCAACAUCAAGUUUGUGAAUUCAGCCUGGGGCUGGACAUGCACCUUCCUGGGGGGCUUUGUGCUGCUGGUGGUAUUCCUGGACCGGCGCGUGGCAGUGACUGCCAGGCACCUGAGCAGACUGGUGGUAGGGGCAGCUGUGUGGAGGGGGGCCGGCCGGGCCUUCCUGCUCAUUGAGGACCUGACUGGUUCCUGCUUCGAGCCUCUACCCCAGGGCCUGCUGCUCCAUGAGCUACCUGACCGCCGCAGCUGCCUAGCUGCAGGCCACCAGUGGCGGGGCUACACCGUCUCCUCCCACACCUUCCUGCUCACCUUCUGCUGCCUGCUUAUGGCUGAGGAAGCAGCAGUGUUUGCCAAGUACCUGGCCCACGGCCUGCCUGCUGGCGCCCCCCUGCGCCUGGUCUUCCUGCUCAACGUGCUGCUGCUGGGCCUCUGGAACUUCUUGCUGCUCUGUACCGUCAUUUAUUUCCACCAGUACACUCACAAAGUGGUGGGUGCUGCUGUAGGCACCUUUGCCUGGUACCUUACCUAUGGUAGCUGGUAUCAUCAGCCCUGGUCUCCAGGGAGCCCGGGCCAUGGGCUUUUCCCCCGCCCCCGCUCCAGCCGAAAGCAUAACUGAAAGAAAUAAAGGCACAUCAGGCUUG